AUGUCAUUUAGCGGCAAGAAGUUUAGGUCUAGAAGGGAGCAGAUAGCCUAUGAAGCGUCCCUUGCAGGGAAAUAUCAGGCUAGGUUGAAAAAGAAUCCCUUUCUCUACUUCGGUCUGCCCUUUUGCUCAAUUAUCGUUCUUGGCUCAUACUGGUUAUCCGGAUUCACAGCUGUAAGGUACGAACAGAAGGAUCGUAAGAUUCAGGAAGUAAAUGAAGACGAUCUGAUAAAAUUGAAAGGGAACAAGCGGAAAUUUGAUCUAAAAGAAGAGUACUAUAGAUUACAAGGACUCGGGGAGCAAGAUUGGGAACCCGUCCGCGUUCCAAGAAUGAAAGGUGAGUCUGAAAAUGUAUGGUGA